CUCGAAAAUGGCAAUAUCAUUGACGGUGUAAAGAUAUCCGAGACAGGACCGACGUCUACCAACUUCCACUGGAAUGGACGACCAAUCUCUGUGCAUAAAGAGCUCACUUCCACACAGUCGGAUCCAAAUUACCCGGAGUUGCAUAACUGGACCGGGGCCUCGACGUUCACUCCCCGAGGUCAUGUUUCUGCCCCUUCCGUCACAACUUGCGACGACGGCGGAGACGAACCCAGAAGAGGAACGGGAGGAUGCCGUCUCCCGGAUCAGUUUCUACGCAAGCCUGGCCAUAGCAAAGAAACCGCAUAUCUUGUGAGCCGCAGUCUGCAGCGAUGACCACCGCAUCGACGAGUGGUUCGCCAUGCCAGGACGCAUGUGUUUGCGAGCCGCGGACAUUGAAUUCAAAAGAAAGCUUGUGCGUGCCACAUGUGGAGGGACCGGCUGGCGGCAAAGAGUGGAUCUGGGCAAGUGACCACGUGUCGGUCUCGAGGCAGACCAUCGAGCGGUUAAUUGCAAUCGAAGCACUGAGCGCAGAGGAAGAAGGAAGAGCUCUAGCAGAAAAAGGAUAGCGAAACGGAAUUGCGAAAGAUUGUCGAGGAUAGAUGAUUGAAAAACAGCCAGUGGCAAAAUCCGAUUCAGAAUUCGGGUCCAAAGUGACAUCGCCGGCCACGCUCCUCCAGACAUGUCUGAUGGAAGCUAGGGCUCCCCAUUCCGCUCCAGUGAGACGCGCAGAUUGCAGGGCCAGGGCAGCUGGAGAAAGGGUCCCGACAUACGGAGUGGGGAGAAAGGUGGGCAAGAACCCUCGGAGAGCAAAGUUAUGACAUGUUUGGCAAAACCCUCAUGUCUUUCCCUUAGCGCACGACCGCUCGUCUCCCGCCAGUGCACAGUGCUUGUCCUCACGCUUGACGUUAAUCUCAGCCCAUGUCAUCCGAUACACCCUUUGCGGCAAACCCCCCGCCGCCAAUGACCAUCAUGUCGCCCCCUCCUCCUCCUCCUCCCUUGUUCGCCCCGGCCUUCGUGACAUCCCCUCCGGACUUGUCCAACCAGGACUCGGAGCUGUACCUCCAGAUCAUGGAAGCGCUCUCGGGCAAAGACAGGAUCUACGUCCUCAAGCUGGGAGAGCAGAUGGAGGGCCUCAUCAACAACCACACGGCUGCGCCGAAUAACAUCCACGCCCACACCUCCCCGACCAUGGAUAACAUGCCCGGUCCCAUAGAUCUCAACUCCCCGAGGCGCAUCGACCUGUCCCCGGCGACGUCGUACCAGCGCAUGCUCGUCCAUCGAUGCUGUACCUACUACGGUCUUUUGCCCGAGACGGAUGCUGUGACCAAGAUUAUCAGUGUGUCGGUGACGAUGGAGAGCCGAAUACCAACCCGCCGUCUCGCAGAGCUAUCGCCUCCUCCUGCCGAGGCGCCGCCCAAAUUCAAAAUCAUGCAACGCAUGCAACGCUCUCAAUCACGUUCCCGAUCAGGCAACUCUGUCGUCGGGGAUGAUGGAGACGUCUCCGAUGUCGAAGCUUCCGAGACCGGCAGCGCUGGUGGACGAAGCAACGCCAGCAAACACCGGCUUACGAUCGAAGAAAGGACAGCUGCUUACAACGAAGCCCGCAAUCGGAUCUUCGAUGAUUUUGAGGAGAGAGAAAAGGAACAGCUGCAGAAAACGGAGAGCACCAGCUCGGCGGCCUCGUCCUCUGGGAUGAGCACGACGACGACCAGUGCCAGCGACGAGUACUACGACCCGGACGGGCCUGGAUCACCUGCUACAGAGAGCGAGUGGUCUGUGCCGAGCUCGACCAGAAAACACCACCACAGUCAGCAUCCGCAUCGAGCGAAUUCGAACGCAGGGUCGUCUCGAAGUCGGGGUUUCAAUCCGAAUUCGUCAUCGUCUUCGUCGAGGAACUCGCGUGCCUCCUCACCCUCUUUCAAGUACCCCUCGCUUUACGAGCCUCCGCCCCCAGGGUCGUCCGCUAACGGAUCCGGGAUGAAUGCUAAUCUACCUCCUUUCGAUCCGGCGCACCAGCACCAUUCUGCCCCGGCUUUCGGUGCCAUGCCGCAAGGGACGACCUACUACAACGCGCCGUACGCUUUGCCGCAAGGAUACAUGCACCCUCAUCCGCCAUAUAACGGCUAUUUUGCGCCCCCGUACGCAAGCCCGUAUUCCCAUCCGGGGACGCCUGGGUCUGACCCCGAGAUAUAUGCAUACAACCACAACAACGCUCAUGGGCCAUAUCCCUGGUUCCCUGCUGGUCAGCCUGGUGAAAAUACAUCUCCCCCGCCUUAUGGGAUCCCGCCGCCGGGUGUGUAUUACGACGGGCACGGGCUAGGGCCUCCGCCGGGAGCGCCGCCUGGAACCAACAACGGGAUGCCGCCGAUGUCGAUGGGGCCCAACUCCAACGGAAUCCACCAUGGGCCGCCGAAUCCGUACGCGCCGCCGUAUUAUCCGCCACCGCACGGUGGGAUGCCGCCAUAUGGGUCGUACGAGCAGCGGCAAAACGUCCACGGGCGGCCCGGUAGUAACCGGCGGCCCAAUCACGGCGUCAAUCAGAGCAAUGGAGUAAAGCGCGGGAUCCACCCGCAGCCUGUGCCUCAGCGGGCGGCGUGGAGCUAUGGCCCUGGGAUCACGGGGGGCAUCGACUUUCCGACGCUGGUGAGAGACACCGUCGGGCCCAGGUUGAGCGGUCUUGGGGGUGGGAUGCGCAGAGGAACGAGGACUACCAGUGGGUCGGGCAGCUCGACGGGGGAUGAUGUGUCCAGUGUCGCAUCAUCCUCGACAACGUCGUCAUCUUCGCGGCGGACAUACACAUCUAAUUCGUCGACCCAGCACCAUCCACUGCCUGCGCGACCUGAUUGGGCCGUGGGCCUGCGCCCCAAUCCCAACCUCCACGGGACAAGGCAUCAUUCGCUCCCGCCGCACGGCAGUCAAUCGCCACUCGCGGAGCCGCCCGCGCUGACUGAGUUCCCGCCGCUGACUGUCGGGCCCCCUCCCGGUGCCGAAAAAGCGCAGCCCCGGCCGGGGGGAGCGUGGACCAAUAUCUCGUCGACGCGGUCCAUAGUGAUGGCGCCUGCGAACGGGCCGGCGGUGAGGAGACCGACUACGGCUGGCGGCAAAGACAAGGUCGCGGCGGUCGCCAAUCAGGUUGCGGGUAUCUCUCUGGACGAUCCGGCGCCGGCGAGGGUGGCUUCUCCCUCGGUGAUGGCCUCGCCUGCUCAGCAGCCGCAGCAGCCGCAGCCACAGCAGCAGAGCUCUCCGAUCCCGCUGGCUGCUGCAUAGACUGUAUCUCUCUGUAGAUUGAUUGUAUCAGGCGUUUAUCGCGCGCGUGUCUGUGUGUGUGUCAUCUCAUCUUGCUCGCUAUCGUCUCUGUUUCUCUUCUCUAAUUCAGUUUUCCCUGCAUAUUCUUUUUUCGCAUAGGGUGGGCAUGUCGUAUCCUACGUAGCUUUGCAGCAAAGUGGGGGACUGUGCCGGGCAGUGAAUAUAUAAAAACGCACAAUAAAAGGCUGA